CUGGCUCCUGCACUCCAGCUUCCACCAGACUCGUCAUAACUCGGGCCGCUCUCUCGGCGUACGUGUGAUCAUCUCGCCACGACAGAUCAGCGAGGCCACAGAGGCGAGGCGGCGACGUACACAUGGCGAACUUUGCUCUCGGGCACCACCGCGAGGCCACCGAGGCCGGCUGCGUCCGCGCCGUUCUCGCCGAGGCCGUGCUCACCUUCCUCUUCGUCUUCUCCGGCGUCGGCUCCGCCAUGGCCACCGGGAGGCUGGCCGGCGGCGCCGACACGAUCAUGGGUCUGACGGCAGUCGCGCUGGCCCACGCGAUGGUGGUGGCCGUAAUGGUGUCGGCAGGGCUUCACGUCUCCGGCGGCCACAUCAACCCAGCCGUCACGCUCUCCCUCGCCGCAGGCGGCCACAUCACCCUCUUCCGCUCUGCGCUCUACGUGCUCGCUCAGCUGCUUGGCUCCUCCCUCGCCUGCCUCCUCCUCGCCUUCCUCGCCGGCAGCGCGGCGACCAUGCCAGUGCACGCGCUGUCCGCCGGGGUGAGCGCGCCGCAGGGAGUGCUCUGGGAGGCCGUGCUCACCUUCUCGCUGACCUUCACGGUGUACGCGACCGUCGUGGACCCGCGCCGGAGCGUCGGCAACCUCGGGCCGCUACUGGUGGGCCUCGUCGUCGGCGCCAACGUGCUCGCCGGAGGGCCGUUCUCCGGCGCGUGUAUGAACCCGGCACGUUCAUUCGGGCCCGCGCUCGUCUCAGGGAUUUGGGCCUGUCAGUGGGUCUAUUGGGUUGGGCCGAUGAUAGGUGGGCUGCUCGCGGGGCUAGUAUAUGAUGGAUUGUUCAUGGUCCGGCCCGGUCAUCAGCAGCUUCCGAGCGAAGGCACCGCCUUCUAGACCUUUAAGUCCGUUAAAAGGAAGUGAAUAAAACAAGUAUACCAUCA